AGUAGUAAUAUUUCGACCAAUGAUACAUAUAUAACAUAUAUCGAUCCCCAUUGUGCCACUACGGCGCGCCUCUGACGACUCUCAUGCUCUCCUCUCCCUCGAUCCCUCAGCUUAUAGCCACAGCUUAUGCCCAAGCAUUGCCUCCUUCUCGCUUACUCAAGACUCUUCAAGAAGUCCAUCUUCAUAAUCUUAGCCCCAGCGUCCAGUAUGAUCUCAUACGUGCAUUUCUUGACCAUCUUCUUCCCGUUCCUCCGUCCAUCAUGCUUGCCUAUCUUGCCCAUGCACUAUCGACAUCCGUAAUAACGACACAGGAUUUCACAAUUGGAUUGCUUUUCUAUAUGUCUGGUCACGAAAUUCCCCCUAUAGAGUCUCUUGUUUCCAUCGUCAAUGUCUUGAUGGAAAAUCCCACUUGUUUUGAAGAUGGUACCAUCUUGCCCUCUAUGCUUUCUGAUCCAGCUUUGGUACAAAGCGACACCAACGGUGAAUUAUCAAAAUACCGUGACAACAAUCAGACAAGUACGCUGUCCCUUCUUCUCCCUUUACUGCGUGUAUCAGCUACGCCAUUCCCCCCACCAACACUCACGGCUUUCAUUGCCCGAUUAUUAAACUGCCUCUCGCCCUUUCCGGUACCGCCACUCGAUGUAGGUCUGGAAGCAGGUCAGUUACUUCCUUCCCUCACAGACGAAAUUAGCAUCCCACUCCGAAACUGCCUGGGAGGGCUGAUGGCCGAUGCGACCACAAAUGACCCGCAACAAGUUGAACAAGUCGUAUUUCAACAGGACUCACAACUUGCACAAGGCGAUAGCCCUUCCCAAGUUGAAAUGCCAACAAAUUCCUCACUUCCACUUAAAGCUACUGUUGCGUUCUUAUUAGAACAGGCUCAUCGUGCAUCCCAAUGGGAUCCCUCUGAGCUUGCCCUCGAAAUGGAACAUUAUCAAACACCUGCACCAAGUUAUGUACGCAUGCUCAAAGCAGGCCAGCAUAUCUGUUCCAACCCUGAAGAAUUCAUUGUCGUCUUAUUCGAAGUAUCGAUUGAAAGGCUAAUUUCCGAAGACGGCCGAAGCCUCAUAGCCAAGGCUGAAGGAAUACGAGACUGGGGUUGGGUAACUGAAUCCUUACCUAAUCUCCUAAGAUGGUGGCGAUCCCAGAGGGAAGAGGAUGGCUUCGUAGGUUGGCAACUGCCGUCUGUGGUCGCUGAACCUUUGACCAAAGCUGUACAAGUGUUUCUUCCGGCCAUGCAAAGCUAUUCUGAAAAGGUGUUAGAGACGUACGAAGUAAUGGUGCAAUCUGCGGAGAUCGAGGAGGAAUCCAGUGGAUUUACUCCCCCUGAGUCUUGGCAAUUAGUGUCAUUGCAAGAGUAUCUCAUUGGGAAGUUGAUUGAGAUGGAGCUCAUCACUAGAACCGAAGCCUGUAAGAUGAUCCCGACGAUAUCAGUACCACAAACUGUUCAGGGUCAAUCUUUAUUGGAAAGGAUGGAAUCGGAAUCUCGUGCCCAUGUCAAACCUCUCGUGUUCAUCAUAACUUACGCUUUCGGCGCCGCAAAGUCUUUCGCAUAUGAAAUUGUCAAUAUCAUCAAAUCAUCGCCUCAGGUGCCCCCGCCUGAAAAUCUUUUCCUUCAUGUAUCGUAUCAGCCCUCAAUAUUUUCGGCCCUGGUCACGUUCAUAUCACCUUUGUCGCUGUAUACGCUAAUGUCAGAUCGGCUACUGGAAGCUUAUUCUGAAUUGGACGAAUUCGCCCGAUCUGACGACCCACAGGGCUACCUUACGAGAUUUGGAGAGGGGGUCAUCUUGCUCGAAAGCUUUGCUAGAGAAUUCAAUUUGGAUCUUCCAGAAUUGCUCGCGAACGGGAGAAGGGCGACUGGAUAUGGCUUGUUGGACGCAGAGCAGAAGGACUGCUUGAACGGUUGGGUAAAGGCAAUCUUCGGCUCCGAUGGAAUAGAAGAUCAAAUACUUUUGGCCACCCCCCCGCAAACACUUUGCUGCUUAGUACCUACUUUGAUUCAACAAGCUAUCGCGGCGGUAGCCUGCAAUCAAAUAGAUCUUGAUACCUUACAUAGCGGGCUUUCGUAUUUCUCUCAACCGUUAUUAAGCUGGUGCUUGGGUGGAGUGAUCGAAUGGCUCUGUGACGAGAUUCUAAGGCAGGGAGCCCUGAGUGCGCUCCAUCUCGUUGUUCUUCAAGCACUAGCAAUGGGCCAUGCUUGCCCAGAACAGCUUCUGAAAGUGAAUGACAGAGCUCUCAGAAAACUAUUUAAUCCUCUAAGUGGUCUAGAUGAGGUUAUAGGAACCUCAAAUUUUGAUAUGUUUGCAUUCAAGGCUAAGCUAGAGUCUCUGGGGAUCACCACCUCUCAUCACUAUGGACCGCUGAAUCAGCCGUCAGUUAAGUCAAGUAUCCAAAGCAUCAGCAGUCUUCCAUUUGCAACAGCAUUUUGGGCGAAUCCUCUGCUUGAUUCCCUAUGGGCUUCUGCAGGCACUUCAAACUGGAUGACAGUUGUCCUCAAGAAUAUCUUCUCUCAACUCGAUACAUUUCCAGUUUCUCCAGUAGGCUCUGCUUGCCAAAGAUCCGGAGUAUAUGCGAACUUUGUUCCGUUCCUUUUGAUGGUCGAUAUCAAGGGAAACGAGCCACUGUUAAGCGGGCUAGCCGCGUGGCUUAGAAAUUCCACUGAAGACCUCAUCCAUUACACCCGCGGCAGUCGCGUACUCGCCGGUAUUUUUACGCAGUGUAUAUUGCUAGCCGACCUCAUAUGGGGCAGAGUGAUGGCCAAGCGAGUGAUCAAGGAACUUGUAGUCGAGUUGCAUUCAGUUACGACACUGGGUGUCAGAUCAGGCGGGCAAAGCGAGGAAACGACUCAACUCCACAGUCGCAAAAUGAAACAUCGUGAUGGACGCCGCCUGACUUCUGAACAAAGGUCGAUGUGUGAGGAUAUAGUCAAAAUGUUGACCUAUGACGAUGGAUUGAGGGCUAGGUGGGGGAAUCAUUGGGUAGAUUUAGCCGUAUAAGGCAUAUGACAAUAGAUAGUGAAUCCCUGAUCAGCAUUAAAUUUCCACGAUGAAUGUAAUGUUACUGCGG